GACACCCUCACGCCGCCGCCCACCGCCGCCUCCCGCCCUUGCGCCUGCCCCGGCCACGCCGCCAUUACCGGCCGCAGCGGGCGCUCGUCCGUCGCAGUGAGCGGCGCGUCGCAGGCAGGCGGCGCUGGCGGGGCUCCGGCGAACCGUCGAGGGACAGAUCGGUGGACGACAGAAGCGGGGAGCGGGCUUGGCUUGGGCGGCUGCUGCGGCCGCAGGGGUGGCGAGGGAGGCGGCGGGCGGCGCGGCACGGGAGGCCGCGGCGCGGCCCGUGAGGCGGGAGGGGUGCGGGGCCGCUGCUUCCACCCCGCGCUGCCGUGAGGGGUUGCUCCAGGCUGUGGGGGCGUGGGCUUUCCCCAGGCGGCCCGUGCAUGCUUUCUGUCAGGCUGGUGCCCCCCGGGUGACCCCUGAGGCAGUUGCCUGAGCGAGGUUGUGCUCCCUGCCUGGUCUGGCCUGUGCCUGUCUUGGGUGCUGGGCUAGCUGGGGUGCUAUUAAACAUGCUCUAGUGAGUGGAUUUGGUGGAUUUUAUUGCUUUCUCAAGGCUGCUAUGAUGCCACAGUUAAGAUCAGGGAAGGUGGUAACAGCUAGCAAGGGGAAGUCAGCCGACAGAAUGGUCACCAGCUCGGGCUCUCUGGGUGCGGGGGUAGGACAUGAGCCGGCGAAAAAAUCGGUAGUCAAGCAGAGUCCUCACCUGGCACCAAAGGGAAAACCUGAGCAGCUCUUGUCAUCCCAUCUGCAACCUGCCCUGCUCUCCAGCAUUUCCUGUGAGCAGUUUGCUUCUCUUGUGCCCGUGCAAAAGAAGCAAGGCAGGAGUAGCCAGAGAUUCCCAGGUAAAAGCAAGGGAAUACAGUGCAGGAGGGCUGCCAGAAGCAGCAAGGAUGUAGCUUUGGCAGUUUCAGAUGCUCUAUGUGAAGAUGGGCAGGCAGUGACCACAGCUGCAGCAGCGUUUUGGGAAGAGCCUGUAAGGAGUGAGACAGGACAGGGUCAACAGGUUUUUUUCUUAGGAACUACUUUGCAAAAUAAAUUCUCAGCAGGGAUUGGAGGGAAAGAACAUAGUUCAGAAGGACUGAACCUCUCAGGUUUUCAGGAGAGUUCAGGGAAAAAUGACAAAUAUUCCUUUAUGGAAAUAAAACCACAAAUUCCACCCUCUGAGGAGGAAAUUAAGGGCACAGAGAGACAUGGUGUUUCCUAUUUGCCAGUACCAGAGGUGUUGCAACCCAGCAAGGGCACAUGUAGUACUGAAAUGAAAAGCCCUGACUCCAUGAUGAUACCGAAGGUGCAAAUCCCAGAUCAUCAGAAGAGUUUGGUGACUCGGGAAUCCUUGCCUGAACCAAAACCCCAUGAAGAGGUAGAUAUGCCAGAGAAGUUGGGUGGGUGUUCUUUAAUUGGAUCAAGAAAGCCAGGGACACAGCAGAAACAAAAGAGAUGCUUGAGGAAGAAAGAAGGGGCAUCUUUGGUGAAACCAAAACAACAAGGUUCCAGAGGGAGUGGCACAUCUGCCUUGCUAGAAUUGUAUACACAGUGUUCAGAGUGCAAGAAAGGAGCUGGGAGCCUGAGGAAGAGGGCACUGGUGUCACAGCAGCUACAGCAUCUAAGUGGCCAAGAGCAACCAACACCCCGAGGAAAGAUGCACGAGCAUUGCAUGAAGGAGGAACAGCAGAGCUCAAACCCUCAGAAAGGAGCAGGCAGCCUUGGAGAGAGUGCAAAGGAAAAAUGGAAAGCAAUUGAGCAGGAGUUCGGUACACGAGCUGUGAAGAAGCUUAAGACAAAUCAAAACAAAUCAGAAGAUUCUGAGCAAAAGGAACCUCACUACUAUGAAUUUCCUGCGGUUACUACUUCAGGUGGGACUCGAAGCAAGAGCUUUCGAUGUCAUCCUGUAACAAAAUCUGGCAUCCAGCGUAAAAAAAGGAAACCCAGAACCGAUCAAAUUGGGUGCUUGCAAAGUGUUAGUGUGACUGCAGCUGAAAAUGUGAGAAAUGUAUCUGCAAAAUGUGAUGCUGAACAUUGCAAAAAUGUCCUAAACCACAGUAAUGGCUUGCUCUGUGCAACAGAAAAGAAUCCUUUUGUGAGGCUAGAGGUCUGUAGUUAUAUCAAUACAUUUGUGAAGUCUUCAGCUAGUGAAAGUAGCAGCCAUUAUAAAUUAAGUGGGUUCUUCCAUGUAGCCCAGGAUAAAAGCAAGCAUGUUUUUCCUGACAGUGGUGUAGAACAGAGUGAUAUGAAUUGCAGUGCUAGUAGAAUGCGAAGUGAGAGAUCACCUAUAAAAUGUAGUUUAUUGUUUAAUAAAGAAACACCUCAAAAUGUAGAAGGGUGUUGUUCAUGCUGUCAGAGUGAAAACGCUAAGUGUUUAAGGGGAAAAAAGUGGAGUAUUGGUAGAAGGCAUAGAAAAAAGAUGAAAAUCACUGAAAAAUCGGCAGUGCAGAAUGUUUUCACAGCCAUAGCUCAUGAAUGCAGUGAGUGUGAGCUACAAACAGAAGCACCAGUUGCCACAUCAAGCUCCCUUGCCGUUUUAGGAAUAAAUCAUAAGGAAACUACUCUUACAGCUUCAUAUGAUCAUACAUCAAAUCUUCAUAUAAGAAGACCUACUCAUGAAGUACAAAAUAUAUCAGUCUGGAGAAAGGAUAGUACCAAACCACUUGCAUUUGAAGAUGGCUUUAAGACAUCUGAGCUCUCCAUGAUAGCAGUAGGAGAAAACUCAAACAGUAUGGCACAUCGUUCUGCUGCCUCAGGUAGCCUGAGAGUGCUAGCUCAGGUCCGUGAUGUUCCCAGUUGUCACAAAAGCAAGACAGAUGAAAAAUUGAGUAAAGUUAAUAAGAAACUGCAGCAGUUUACCUGUCAAAGAACAAUACCUAUGACUGGUAAAAAAGUUUGGCCUUUCGAAUCAUGUGCCAGGACUUACAAGUGGGUUCAAAAAAAUCAUGGAUCCAUCUCGGAAGGAAAAAAGCUUUCAAGGGCUGCUUUCCAGGAGUCCUCUAGUAAAAGUAGUGUUGAAGCUGUAGGAAGCAGUGCUGUGACUGGGAAUUUGAGACUGUUGGAGUUGCAUAUGUCAUCAGCAGAAAUUAACAAAGCAUCUACACAUAAAAUAAAGGAUCCAAAUACUGAAUGUCUGACCUCACUUGAAACACCAGAAUCCUCUUCCGUGAAUAUUUAUGAGGCUUUGAGAAGGAGCAGUGAAAAUGUGGAAUCAGCAGUUAGUAUGGACAGAAGUGCUGUGGCUUUUAACCAUGAUGAUGUGCAAAAAGUUAAAACAACCUUGAAUUUUACAACAAAACAGAAAGGUAAAAAUAAAGAAGCUGUAACAAAGAGAGACCUGUCUGUGACAGUCCAGACAGGUAACACACACAGAGCAAACUUCAGCCAUAAAGCAUCAGUAGUGAACCAAACAUUUUCUGAUUUAAAGGGAAUGAAAGGAUUAAGCACUGGAAACUUGACAAAGUUCAAAAUUCCUUUAUGCAGAAAUAAAACUGAAUUCAGAAAAUUGAAAUCUGUCCAUUCAUUUGAAAGAAAAACAUGUAGUCCAGUAGAAGUUCUUGACAGCAUUAGUGUUUCGAGGAGGCAGCAAUCAGGUGAACAGACUUUUCUGCUUAAUUCUGAGGAGCAGUCUCUUACUGUCACAAGUGAUGCUAUGUCUACAGCUUCCAUGAAGAAAGAAGUAGGUGAGAUCAACAGUAAGGACUUUCAGAAUGAUGGCUCUGAAAACCUUUCAAAUGAGAUGUCUGUGCUCCCUGAGCAGUUUUCUUUAUAUCCACAUCCUUUUCUCAAUGGGCAACUAGCAGCAUCUGUGCCUGAUUUCCAUGAUACUAAAUGCAUACUAAAAUCUAAUUUUCCCAAUCAUUCUUGGAAAACCAUUGACCGCUCUGUUUCAUUAGAAAUAAAUGAUGAUAGAAAAUCAAGAGAGAAUCUUUCACAACACGAAAGUCAACAUUUUCCAGAUAUUCUUGAAGCUUACGAAAAAGAUGUUCUUGUCAUUGAUGUGAUUCAAGAUGACCCUGACCUUUUUGGAACAAAUAAUGAAAAGGAAUUUGCACUUGCAGAGUGUGAAAAUUGUCCUGUGAAGGCGUCCUGUACUAGCAGAUGCAUUGAAGACAAAAAGCAGGAUGUUAAGCCUGUUAUCUCAGAAAAUAGAGACUCAGUAGAUGAUAAUUUUAGACACAUUACCAUACAAGAAUCUGGAAUGUCAAAUGAUACUGAAAAUUCCUGUGGUUGGAUGCUAAAAGCUGAAGAUAUUAAAACCCGCAACUCCUCCAGAGGAAGUAGUCCUUUGGGAGGCAUUACUGAGGACUGUCUUGAAGAUGGGCAACCAAGAAAACUAGAUGAACUUUUAAAGAGUUUUGACAUGGGUGAAAAGUUCAGGUUUGCAGAUGGAGUGCCUGAUGUUAAACAAGGAAAAAAAGGUGAAGCUGUGAACAGUGGCUGUAAAUACAAAGAUCUUGUGAGCUGUGAAUUACUACCAGGAUCAUCAUUGCAUGCCCCGAAAGUAAAUGUCCUCAGUGAAGCUACAGUGAUGAAACCCCAGACAACCCUGGAUGAUUACAGAUUUUCAGGAAGAAGUCCUAUACUGCCAUUGCAAAAGUAUGGAGAUUCUGAGCCAUGGAAGAUGGAAAAAAAUGCAGUUGCUUCUCAUUCAGUCCAGCAGAUCCUCGAGAUGAUUGAAUUGCCCCGUAAAUAUUGCAGAUUUUAUUUCAUGACUUUGCGUGGGUGUGAAAGAAGAAAAUGUUGGUUUGGGCAUGUUCCUCAACAAGGGGAUGAAAAGAUUUGCAUGGCAAUACUUAGGACAUACAUUAGUAUCAAAGAAUCAAGCCUUCUAAAACGUGCAGUCCAAAUAUUUGUGAAUUACUUCAAAGAAGUUACUCCUGGUGUGGAUUUUGCUGUUCAAGUGUUGAAUGAUCUUCUCUUUGCUUUGCUCAAGAACUGUUUGUUGCAGGAAGUAUUUCAGAUAUUGAAUGUAACUGUACAAAUCAAUACACUGCCAGCUGUAGAGGUUCUUCUGAAAGCUUUUGAUCAUGUGGCAGCUUUGAAUAUAAGAGAUGCUGUGCCUACAUUAAUUAGCACCUUUCAUAAGCUCAUUGGUGCUGGUAUGAUCCUUGAGUUUCACCAUUUUGAUUAUAUUAUUAAGUGCCUUCACCAACUGCGAGUUUCCAGUCAGGAAAUAGAUACUGUUUUGAACAUAAAAUCCAGAUUUCAGGAAAGACAUUUUGAAAAGAACUGGCUUUUUGACUUCAACUUGGUCGUGGCUGAAAUUCAGCAUUGCAAUGAAAAAAGUGACUGGAACAAGCUGGGAGCUUUAUAUGUUAAUGCAAGAACUGGAUGUGAACAUUCAGAUGAUCUUCAGAAACUGUCUUUAUGUAUUGCUGAAAUACUGACCAGAGAUUCUGAGACAGACAGACCAGGAGUUCCUUUUUGUGAUUUUGCUGAUGCAGUAAUAAAAAAAUCACAACAUAAUGAAGCAGACAGAGUUUUCAUUGGAAGGACUGGGAUAAGUGUAAUGUAUUCUUAUCACAGGGCACUGCAGUGGAUAAAGGGAAGGAAGGUUUUGGAUAAGUUGCAUGAGUUGCAGAUACCUUUUACACUCUUGAAAGGACUUACAGGUGCAGAGGGGUUAGCAUCAAGAUGUCAAAUUGUUAAUAAAGCUGCAGAAAUUUUUCUUAAAACUGGAAGUUUGGAUGGAGCAACAUGGGUUUUGAGAGAGUCAGAGUGGACCACAAAUGCACCAUUGUGGCCCUGUGAUAAAAUCGACAUCCUCAGUCGACAUAAUCUGUUAUGUACACUAGUGCAGAAGUAUUUGAGGAAGAGUUUAUACAGGCAAGCGUUUGAAGCUCUGCAGAACUUACCAGGUUUUCAAAAUAAUUUUGAUACUGUAGAUGUUUCUCAGUAUAGCUGCCUUUUUAAUGAGCUGAUAAAUGCCUGUUUUGAGAGCAAGAACCUUGGGGUCUCGUCUUCUGCAGUAGAUUUCAUGCUUUCAAAAAACAUAGCUAUUGAUUUAUUUUUGCUUAGAGGAUUAAUCACAGCUUUGGGAAGAAGUUCUUUGUGGUCUAAAGCUAGGACCUAUUACAAAAGUGCUUUAUCAUUGGGUUGCUAUCCACCACUGCAGGGAAGUUUAUGGAACAAACUUUUGAUUAUUCCGUCUUACUUGUCUGAGGUUGAGAUGCUGUUGGCCAUUGAAAUAUUUCUUGUUUCGAAUGCUAGUGAUAUUCAAAGUCCAGUGGCUACUAGUCAGACUCUUCAGAUAAUACUGAAAAGAUCUGAAGAUCAGACAGUUCAGAAUAACAGUGACUAUCAAAAGGCAGUGGAGAGACUAAUCCUGGCUGCUCGUAUAUCUGAUCCGAAGCUUUUUCUUAAGUAUAUGACAAUGAAUGUUAGUAUGGAAGAAGUUUACAGCUUGGAGCUUACAUCUGCUUUAAAGUGGCUUCAGGAGAAUAUGAAAUGGGCUAGGAACGUCUGGCUGUUUCAGUAGUCAUUAAAUAGUCAAGACUUCUGGGGUUUAGUGGUUAAAGCAAUUGUUGUUGAAAAUAAUAUGAUAAUAAAGGCAGUUCCCAUUGUGUUCAGACUUGCCUUCCUGAUUUACAGCAAGGCUUCAAACUCAAGUUGUGUUUUUAAAUACUUACAUUGAUGGUAGUAGCACAGAAAGCGUGAUUUUUUUUCCCUAACAGUAUAGAUUGUCAGACUGAUUUAGAUGUUUUGUGACAGCAUCAUUAGAAAAUGAAGAAGCUGCAGCCUCAGAACCUACAUUCUCCCUUCUUAUGGAGAAUCUAGUACCAACUGUUGCUCUUUUCCUAGCAGUUGAUGGUAUGUAAGUGCACUGAUUGCAUAUAUCUGCUGUUCUUGUGAAACAUUUUCCACAUUGCUUCAUAGUUUGUAGAAGUAAUAUGUUUCCUUUUGUCUUCCUCACAAUAUCUUGUGAGGAUAUUGUCCCAUCUGUAUGCCCCUCAGCUCUUAAUUUCCUUACUCCAAAAACCCAAUAGAAAGCACUGAGAAUAAAAAUAACUUCGGAACUGCUUGAGACAUGCCUGACUUAAGGAUAUCUUCCUUCACAGAACUGAGAGAGUCUACACAAGUUGCUCACAGCUGAAGGUUUAGUUGUGUCUUGAUGAUAAUUUGUAUAUGGCUUCACAUUCAUAUAUAUGCAUACUUCCACUGAAAAGGAAAACUCGCUUUCUCCCUUGAUUGUGGGUUGCCCAUUUUUUAGUUUCUGCUGACUGCAUGAUGAGAUGGAGGCUUUAGCAAGCUGGUUCUAGCAUUUUGGUUCUUUGGGAAUUACUCUUUUUUUUUUUUUUUUUCCCAUCUGCAAAUCCUGAAUCAGAUUCAGAACAUUAAUUGCUUAAGGCACACUUCAUCUACUGAUCUGCAUCCUGAGCAAGAAAAGCCAAACAUUUCAUAUCAGAAAACUCCUGUGGCAAAUCAGUGGGACCUCUCUCAAAGUUGAUACGUGCCGGAGCUCCCCACUUCCAUAGUGUUCGUUUAGAUCUCCAGUACCAACUUACAUAAACAUGCCAAUAAUACAGCUCUUUUGAUGCUGCUCUCCAUCCCCUUUAGAGCUUUUUCUGCUGACAAUUUCUGCUCUAUUGAGCAUAGAAAGAAGUUCAUGGAGUUUUUUAAGGCUGUUCCAUCAUAAGUGAGAUCAAGAUGGUGGCAUAAGGCCUCAAUGUUUGAAAAAUCUUCCCUUCCUUUGGGGCAGCAUGAGUCUGUUCCCAGUCCCAGCAACAUCAUUGCAGGUGUCCCUUGCGCUUCUGAAUCAUGAAGGCCAUUGUGAUCUUAGCACUGGGUGGUUGUGGAGGGUUUUGGAGGGGUACUGGUGUUUUUUUGUUUGGGAGUGUUGCCACUCUAGUCUUGAGAUUCAUGCCGCUAAUCUGCUCUCAUUAAUCUGAUCAUCAGUUGUUAGAUUCCUGACCCUCUUUGAUAGCACUGCUUAUCCAGUCUGUCUGGGAGUUACUACUGGAAGAGAUAGGAUUGUGAAUCUGAUGACUGCCUAGAUCAGUGCCUUCCUCCUGUGCCAGCUGUACAGAAGAAUGCAAGGACAGAGGCUCUUAUAUUUUCACAGGGUAUCAUUCUUCUGUAGGGAUCUCAUCUGCUUUCCUUCUACGAAAUGGUAGAUUCAAUGCUAACAAUCAGAUGGCAUUUCUUUAAAAGCCCUUUACCUCAGAAUUUCUCUUGAAGAACAGUUGGCAUGAGUUCAAACAGACCUAGGGUUCCACCACUUGUCACCAAGAUUGUUCUGCCAUUUGUAAGGCUAUCCACCUGAUAAAUCCAGUAGCGUUCUGCUGCUUUUGUUUCCUAGUAGCUGAAAGAGUAGAUAAGAAGUGAUCAGGUUUCAGAUGAGGAAUCUAAACUGAUGUUCUUCCAGCCACUCCAGCAUUAGUGGCAAGAGCAAUUUGGGAAGGUUUCAACAGACUAAAACUGGCAGUGAGAAACUUAAGUCAUUUUUGCUAAUUACUUUUUGUAAGAUCCUUUGUAGCUUAAUCUCCCUUGGAAUUAGACAGAGGCUAUCUGAACCUCAGCUAAAUCCCCUAUUUCUGUAAGCAGUACCAGAUGUGGCUAAUACUAUGUCUGAGAGAUGCAGAAAGACAAAAUUCUCUUAGUACUGUCUAUGACUCCAAAGCUUGGGAUGUUCUAGAGACAGCAUUGUUUUUUCCAUUAUAAGCAACCUUGAAUUGUCACUUAGAUUAUCCCCAGAAAAAAACCCAAAUACUGCUUUUUUUUCAGAGGUUAAUCAUUGACCUUCUAGCUUAACUUGGAACUGUGUAAAAUUUGUGCAAUGUUUUGGCUCCAUCUCCUGAGUAUCAUCUUCAGCUGAUAGGACGCAAUCUCAGCCAUGUUUUGUAUUAACAAGCAAAGCAAGCUCCCCACAUUGUUGCUCAGAAGUUAUGUUACAGCUGGUGUUCCUGACAAUACAGGGUUUCUCCUAUCACCAUGAUAAACCAGUAGGCAGUUUGAACAACUUAACAGUAAAGUCCUGUGUUUCACAUUUUUGUGCUGUCUGGAUCCACCUGAAAUACCGUACAAAUCUGGUCGUUUUGAUGUGUAACAAAACACCAGAAAGGUUUCUUGAGCAACAUACCCCAUACCAUUUUGGUGACAGAAAUUCCAUGUGCUAAACAGGACAACACUGCCAUGUGGAAUGGAAGCGAGCCUGGAAAGAUGAAAAAAUGUUCCAAAGAAUAAAGUUAAAUACAACAGAGGCAAUGCAGUUCUGCAGAGCCAGCCACUCAACAGACAAUAUCCGUAUUUUUGCUUUUCCCCAGGUAUAAGCUACUGUUUCUUAGUAGCUGAAAGAACUUCUGUGUUAGAGAUUAAGCAACUCCUUUGAUACAUUUAAUUUUUCAUAUGGGAAAUAAAAUGUGUGUUUAUCUGUUUGCAGAGAGAGAGAGAGAGGUGCAAAACCCCCUUCCUGUUCUGCACUCAGUAGCUAGGUCUAGACAAUGCCAUGCUCCUUUAGUAUGUUGUUAGAUGCAUGAGAAGUUCCCUUGGUGAAAAUCUUUCUUCACUUAUCACCGAUGACAAGGUAUGCUCUUAGAAAGCUUGCUUGUGUUAGGUAUGGACAGUUUCUUGUAACUAAAACAGAAUAACGUUGUUUGGAAGACUUACCACAAUUUUAUUUCAAAGCAUUGAUAAAUUUUGAGAGUUUCUUAACCCACAUCAGGGACGGAGGUGAGAAGCUGGAAAUAGAAGCUUGAUAGUUCUGCAGUGUUUUAUAAAGCAAUUGGGGGGAUCAUUUUGGAGUGGUUGUUAAGAUGUUAAUAAAUGUUUUUUAUUCUUUAUACGAAGUAUCAAAAUAU